AUGACUGUGAAGGGCUUCCUCGGCACUUUAUUGCCUCAUCAUGCUUUGGCCUUCCCGAGUAUCCUGGAGACCAGGACGAACGGCAGCCAGGUUCUGGAGUUCGACUGUGCUAUCAUUUCAGAAGUAUGUGCCAAUAUGUGCUUUGGGGCGUAUUUUUUGGGCAUUGGGGUGGACCUGACCCUCCACAACGCGAUCCUAACGCGGAAGCGAGCCCGUCGCAAGGCGGCAGGCUGUGCCCCGAGACCGAACCGCUGCUCUGUCGCCAAAGGUGCCCCUCCAGGCGUGGACUGUGACGAGUAUCCUUCCGCGUCUACCGACAUUCAAGGAAGUAUGAAGAACCGCGUCAAUCGAUGUGUUCCGAUUGAACGAAACUCGAGACAAGGCACUGAAAUCUCCAGGUUCGAGGCCUUGAGCAGGCCUGGCGGCUGUGAUUUUAAAACUGGAUUUGCAAGCCCUCACUUGACGAGUAACUUCUGUUCCGGUGAGUAUGAGCUCGUUUCAUCUGCGCCACCCAACAAUCCAGCUAAUGGUGUUCCUUCUUCGGCGCCGCUCCCGAGCUCUGCUAGCCCCAGCGCCGGUUUCAGCCUCAACGGAGUGAAGCUCAGCGAACCCCUCUAG